AUGCCUUCAACUUUCUGUCCACCAGCAACUCUAACACUCAUUUUUAGCCCCGAAGCCCGUGAAGCUUGUACCGUAGCCGCGCAAACUCUACGCUCAGCAACGGAACAACUCGAAAGCUAUGUGGAUAAUCCGGACUUUGCCGGUAUGCCAGCACGAAUCAGUCCAUCGGGCCGUGAUGCUCAAAUACCUGUGCUAACAUCGACUAGACAGAUGCUCGACGCUAGCUGUGAAAUGAUCAGGUACUCAUUGGCUGCCCAGAAUUUCGCUCGUACCGCUAAACAUCUGGCUGUUGCACCAAUGGAUGCUCCAACAUGGCAACGUCUUGCUGAUAAUAGUAAAGAGGUCAGCGAGUCGAUUAAGAGGAUGGUUAGCGCUAUUCAUGCAGCGGCUCCUGGUCAAGCCGAAAUGGAUAGGUGCAUUCAUCAGUUGGAGCAGAAGCACCUAACUUAUACCCCUAUUUUGCAGCUCAUCGUUGAUGUUGAACGUAGCUCCCUUGACAUGACCGGCGCCCAAAGCCAAGCAUCAUCGAGCGCCACCGAGAAGAGAAUCCACCAAUCUAUCCUCUGCACGGCCCAGGCCCUAGCCGAAAAAGUAGAUGAACUGAGAACCGCUGCUGUUUGCAAGGGAGAAGCUCUUCCACACUGCGUUGAAGCCCACUGGGAAACAGUCCAGCCCCUAGCUGCAUCGGCCUGUGAAGCUGCUGCCAUUGCCAGAGACAGUCGUCAACAGGCUGAGCUUUUCGAUAAAUGUAGAACUGUUGUGGAAGCCGAGCUACAGAUGAUGUACGCAUGUAGGGAUGCAGCGGGUAACCCGAAGGCCGUUGAAGCUCACUCGAGAGUAGAUGAAGCAGCUGCUAUGUUAAAAGAUGCCCUGGAUGAUAUUAGGAGUACUGUAAGCGCUAUCAGUAGCGAGCAGGGUGUCAUUCAAGGAAUGGUUGAGACCAUCUCUCAUUCCAUUGCCGGUACCGAUAUGAUGCAUGUCGCAACUCAAGGAGCUUCGUUUGCGGAUGCACAGACCAAGAUUACCGCUUACCUUGAAGAUAUUCGAAGAACCGCCACCGAUAUGCCUUACGCUGAACCUCAAUCUCUGGGUAAUAUGGCCCUUAUCAUGAGUGAGAAGUACCGCUUGCUAGCUGAAGAAGCGAGACAGGCCGUCGCUGUGCUCUCAUCACCUACCUUAGCCCAAAAACUGAAGGUAGCAGUACAGAAACUUGGCACAUCUUGCAUCGAUACUGUAAAAGUAGCUGGACAGCGUAGAGCGCACCCUCAAGAUGAGCGCACCCAUCGCGAACUUACGGACAAUUCAAGAAUUGUGGUCGAAAGAGUGAAUGAGGUCCUCGCAUCCCUCCAUGAAGGCUCCAAAGGAACUCAAGCUUGUAUAAAUGCUGCGAAUACCGUAUCCGGAAUUAUUGGAGACCUUGACACCACCAUCCUCUUUGCUACUAGCGGAAGUUUGAAUGUAGCUGGUGGAGAGCGUGAUUUCAACGAGCACCGGGUGGCUAUCAUCAAAACAGCCAAGGCCCUAGUAGAAGACACCAAAGCGCUAGUAGCCGGAGCUGCCUCCAACCAAGAACAGCUAGCAGUAGCUGCUCAAAACGCUGUCAGGACCAUUGUCAACCUAUCUGAUGCUGUCAAAAAUGGCGCUGGAAGUCUGUCUCCGUCGAAUUCCGAAGCUCAAGUGCUCGUGAUCCAUGCUGUUCGGGAUGUGGCUGCUUCCCUAUCGGCCCUGAUCCAAGCUACCAAGAAUGCUUCUGGAAGAUCACUGCACGAUCCGGCCAUGGGACAUCUAAAGGAUGCUGCAAAGACUAUGGUUUCGAAUGUUACAUCGCUUCUGAAGAUUGUGAAGACCGUUGAGGAUAAGACACAACAAGGCACAAGAGCUUUGGAAGCUGCUAUCGACGCUAUUGGCAUUGAAAUCAAGGUUUGUUCGGUCUUCUUGCUUUUGUUUUCUAGAUUUUUUACUCAAUUUGUAAAACUACAACCAAUCAAAAAUCCGUAAAA